UUUGUGAACCACUAUCCCUCUGAACUCUGAAGCAAAGUUCAAAAUCACCCAACCAAAACCCUAGGUUCUCACUGCAACGGUUCUGCCGCAGUGCCGCCGUCGUCCGUUUUGUCGGCGACUCCGCGUCCUCUCUUGUAGCUCGGCGUCCUCCUUCUCCCUGUUCCCGUCCUCCCUGGCUUCUCUGUUCGAGGCUUGGAGCAGCUCGCCGCCGUUUCGCCGGUCUCCGUCGUUUCGCCGGUCGCCGUCGUUUCGCCGGUCGCCGUCCGUGUCUCCGUCGAAGUUUCAAAUUUUCAGAAAUAUAAAAACAUUACACAAUAUACACCUCCUCCAAAUACCUGCCAGAUAUUUGGGCUUAAAAGCUCCUUUCGCAUAAUAUACCUCACCAUCAAUUCAAUUCCGCUGAUGCCGUACAUGUUCUGGCAACUCCGCCGGUGGGAACUCAAAAUCCUAUUCUACCCUACCACAGCCACUCUCCUCCGAACUCCAACCACAUGCUUCGUGCAUUCCCUUUCGGACCCACCCCACUGGAAACCACCAUCACCACCACUGCCGAUCGUUUAUCUUCAGAAUCUCCUCAAGUUCCGGAGGGACAAGCCCGCCAUCGAAGUGGAGCGAGCACUCGACCUAUGUGGGUUCCAGCUUAGCGACAAACUCGUCUUCGAAGUGCUUAAACGGCAUCAUUCCGAUUGGAGGCCCGCCCUUGUGUUCUUUAAUUGGGCUUGUAAAGUGAGUCCUGAGCAAAAUGGGUAUGUGCCAAGUUCCGUUGUUUUCAAUGAGAUUGUGGAUAUUCUCGGGAAGAUGAAGCGGUUUGAGGAGCUCUACCAGGUGCUCAAUGAAAUGUCCCAUAGACAGGGUGUCAUGAACGAGUUGGUUUUUUCCACAUUGAUUCGUAGGUAUGUGGGUGCACAUAAGGUGGAGGAAGCUGUUGGAAUAUUCUAUAGGAGGAAAGAGUUUGGAUUGGAGAUUGAUUCUGAAGCAUUUAGGACCCUCUUGAUGUGGUUGUGCAGGUACAAGCAUGUAGAAGAUGCAGAAACUUUGUUUCGCAGCAAGGUGAAUGAGCUUCCACCUGAUAUAGAGUCCUGGAACGUGAUCCUCCAUGGUUGGUGCAUCUUAGGGAACACACAUGAGGCGAAGAGGUUGUGGAAAGACAUAUUGGCAUCUAAGUGCAAGCCCGAUCUUUUCACUUAUGCAACAUUUAUCAAGGCAAUGACCAAGAAGGGGAAGCUCGGCACUGCACUGAGGUUGUUCCAUGGCAUGUGGGAUAAAGGCUGCAAGCCCGAUGUUGUGAUAUACAACUGCAUCGUUGAUGCUCUUUGUUUCAAAAAGAGGGUUCCCGAGGCAUUGGAAGUUUUCAAGUGCAUGAGCGAAAGGGGCGUUGAACCUAAUGUGGCUACUUACAACUCCUUGAUCAAACACAUGUCUAAGAUUCGGCGAAUGGAGAAGGUAUAUGAGCUAGUGAGUGAUAUGGAAAGGAGGAAGGGGAAUUGUUUGCCUAAUGCUGUUACUUAUAGCUACUUGCUGGGUUCCUUGAAGGAGCCGAAGGAAAUUCCUGUGAUUUUGGAGAGGAUGGAGAGAAAUGGGUGUAGCAUGAAUGAUGAUGUUUACAACUUGGUUUUGAGGUUGUACAUGGAAUGGGAUGACCAGGAUGGGGUGAGAAGAACAUGGGAAGAGAUGGAAAGGAAUGGAUGGGGACUAGAUAGGCGAUCUUAUACAAUCCUGAUUCAUGGGCACCUCGAAAAUGGGAGGACGAAGGAUGCCUUGCGCUAUUUUAGGGAGAUGGUGUCUAAGGGAAUGGAGCCUGAGCCCAGAACUGAGAAACUGUUGAGUUCCAUGAACAUUCAGUCAAAAGAAAGAACAGAAAAACAAAAAGGAUGAUGGUAUUGGAGUUAUCUAGUGAUCCAAUUCUUCCAAUAACUUCAUUGCCAUUGGUUCGGGUUCUCUAAGUCGAAAAUAGCCAACAGUAAUAUAUCUUUGAAAGGCAUUGAGUGCUAAUAUACUGAGACGCAUAGGAUGUUGAUUUGGUUGAAUUUUCGAACAUUGAGAUAUCUUGCCAAACUCUUUAGAUUGUCAAGAAGCAAGGAAAAAAGAUAACCCGACACCAAAUUUUAUGAUUCGAGAUUUUAUGUUAAUUAGAGGGUCCAGAAAUUAGAAGGCUGGGGUUAUUUUGCUCCCUUAUCUGUUUAUGAUAGCUGUGUUAGUUGGAUAAGCUUACAUUUUCUCAUCCAAUUAAGCACCUCGGCAGAUUUUCUACUAAUGUUUAAAAAAGAGAAUUAAGCCGGUGGAAGCAAUAGGAGGGAACUAUCUCAACUUAGUCUCAAUCAAACAGUGCUUGGAAAAUGAGAGAAUGUACCGCUGAAGAAAGGAAUGGAGGAUUUGAAGAGUGAUAGAGUUUGAAAUGGAAGUUUCAUAUAAAAUUGAUGCGUGUAUUAUGUUGGUUGACUUUGGCCUCUGUUUGUUUUUCUUGAUUCUGUGUGUUUUUAGUAAGUAAAUGUUUUGACAGUGAAGGCAUUUAGUUUUUGAGGCCUUGAAUUAAAAUUAUUUACAAUUUAGUCUGAUUGAAGAGAUCUGGUAAUUGGGAAUGAUUUCUACAAUUUCUUA